GUCAACACAAGAUACUCGCCGAACGGAGGACUUUUCCAAGUUGCGAAUACCAUUGCAGAUACCAUGGACAGAUAGCCUACUCGCACACAAGUUCGUCCGUUUGUUUUGACCCCCAUUGAGCAUCCGGCAGGCAGAAGACAGCCAUGUUUCGCACAGCAUCUCGCGCUCUCCGACACCAGCGGCGGUGUUUCUAUGAGCCAGCAGUGUCGUCCAUAGUGCCGCGGACAUUUUCCUACAGAGCUGUAUACAUGGCCUCCUCCCUGGCAACGGUGACUCCGCCUCUUCCUGGAACACACCCAGCAGAUGCUUUCCAGCUUGCCAAGGAGUCCGCGAAACCGGACUUGGAGCAGCAACUUUUCGACGAGCAAGUCAAGCAGGUCAAGGAAUGGUGGGCUAGUCCCCGUUACAAGGGCAUCAAGCGCCCAUACACGCCCGAGGAUGUGGUGAGCAAGCGAGGGACCUUGCAACAAGUGUACCCAUCCAGCUUGACCGCAAGAAAGCUAUUCAAUCUGCUCGAGGAGCGUGCGGCAGAGGGCAAGCCUGUGCAUACUAUGGGGGCCAUUGAUCCGAUUCAGAUGACACAACAAGCACCGCACCAAGAGAUUCUUUAUGUGUCUGGGUGGGCUUGCUCGUCGGUGCUGACCUCGACCAAUGAAGUGAGUCCUGACUUUGGCGACUAUCCGUACAACACGGUCCCCAAUCAGGUCCAGAGAUUGUUCAAGGCGCAACAACUACACGAUCGAAGACAUUACGAUGAAAGGAUGAAGCUCAGUGCCGAGGAGCGUAGAUCGAAGCCAUAUAUUGACUACCUUCGGCCAAUUGUUGCAGAUGGCGACACUGGCCAUGGAGGAUUGAGUGCAGUGUUGAAGCUUGCCAAGCUGUUUGCAGAGAACGGCGCAGCAGCUGUGCACUUCGAAGACCAGCUUCACGGGGGCAAGAAGUGCGGACACCUUGCUGGCAAAGUACUUGUGCCCUUUGGAGACCACAUUAACAGGCUUGUUGCAACGCGAUUUCAGUGGGACCUCAUGGGCUGCGAGAAUCUGGUCAUUGCUCGCACGGACAGCGAGAGUGGCAAGCUGAUCUCUUCUGCGAUUGACACGAGAGAUCACGAGUUCAUCCUUGGCGUGACCGAGGACGUGGAGCCUCUUGCCGAUACCCUGCAGAGUAUGGAGAUGGAGGGCGCUUCUGGUCCAGAGAUUGAUCGCUUCGAGGCCGAGUGGGUGAAGAAGCACAAGCUUGUCACGUUCGAUGAGGCAGCAGCGACCCACAUCAAGGCAUCAGGUCAGGACGUGGACGCAUAUCUCAAGCAGACGCAAGCGAAUAGAAACAUGCCUCUACAUAAGCGCAGGCAAGCAGCCGCCGCAGUGGCCGGAUCGCCAGUCGUCUUCAACUGGGAUAUUCCUCGAACUCGCGAAGGUUUCUACCAUUACAAAGCUGGCCUGGCAGCAGCCACCAAGCGGGCGAUCGCAUUUGGACCAUAUGCGGAUCUGCUGUGGCUCGAGACCAAAGAUCCGAGCGUGGCGGAGGCGGCGAGCUUUGCCAAAGAAAUUCGACAAGCUCUUCCUGGGAAAAAGUUGGUGUAUAAUCUUUCCCCCAGUUUCAAUUGGUCCGCCCACGGCUUCACCGAUGCACAGCUGAAGAGCUUCAUCUGGGACCUUGCCGAGCAUGGAUUCGUUCUGCAGCUCAUUUCACUUGCCGGGCUGCACAGUACGGCAACGAUUACGAACGAGCUGGCCAAGGCGUACAAGACUGAAGGCAUGAAGGCGUAUGUCGAGACUGUGCAGCGGCGGGAGAAGGAGACUGGCUGCGACGUGCUUACUCACCAGAAGUGGUCCGGUGCCACCUACAUGGACGGCAUCAUUGGCGCCAUACAAGCAGGGAGCAGCGGGUCUCGGAGUAUGGGCGAGGGGAAUACGGAGGGCCAGUUCUGAACACAUACUGCAGCACGUAAAUGUGAUCGAGAUGCCAUGUACUGAGGGUUGCAUGAGAUAUACGGAACUUGACUUGGCUGCAGUACCUGAUAGGUACGGUAUGUACUUAUAUGUAGAUGUAUGUUACCUACAUGUACCUUACCGUACUACCUCCUAUGGUAUAUGUAAUGUAUAUGGCGGUUUCGGAACUCUGUAGUUCGAC